AUGCAAGCCAGCCCCAUCUAUAUCCCAACUGUUAACAAUGACAUUGACUGGGACUCCUGCUUCCAUCGGUCACAGCAAACCCCCAUCCCAGCACAACAGCAGACAGAUGAGUUGUACCCCACUUAUGGGUCUGAAGAGAGUGAAGAAGAUCCUGCAGUCCAGGAGGAGGAGAUAAGCACAGACUAUAUGUCUCUUCCCAAAGAAAAAUUAGUUCAGUCCCAGAAGAAAAUAACUCAGCUGAUUAAGGAAAAACUGACUAUCCAAGCAAACAAGGAGCUGAUUCGGUGUGUCAUCCUAUCUCGAAUUGCUUUUGGAGAAGAACACUGGAAAUGUGCACAGGCUUUGACCAACCUGGCUUAUGGCUACCUGGUACUAAGAGGCCUCCCAGCUCAGGCCAAGAAACAUGCUGAAUCUGCCAAGAACAUACUGUUGACCUGGAAGGGAAAUGCGUCCUCAGACAAGGAGAAAAAGGAAAUCCUGGAAGCUCUGAUCAUGCUCAACUACACUCUGGGGGUGAUCUGGCUCCUACAGAACCAUGGCAGAGAGGCCUAUUUCAACCUGCAGAAGGCAGACAGACUAAUGAAGGAACUGAAAGGAUUAACUAAGAGAGGCAUUUGUGGAUGUGGAUUAUACGUCUCAGAGAAAGAUCUAACAAUUGCUUUGGGCAGAGCCUCAUUGGCCAUCCAUAGGUUGAACCUAGCUCUGGCAUACUUUGAAAAGGUAAUUGGUGAUGUCAUUGCUACCGAGGGUAAUGACACAUCAGAUCUGAUUAGUCUCUAUGAGGAAAUUGCCCAGAUUGAGCAGCUGAGGAGGAACCAUGAGCAGGCCAUCCAGUACUUGAAGCAGGCCUAUUCUAUCUCUGUUUCUUCAUUCACUGAAGUCAGCCCUCAAACUGCAGAGGCAAGUGCAUUACUAGCCAAAGCUUAUGCCAUGUCUGGAAAGCCCCAGCACAGGGAUGCUGUUGAGGCAUAUUUUAUAAAAAGUAUCAGUGCAUAUCAAGCAACACUGGGCUUAGAGGAUUAUGAAACAUUGACUGCCAUUGAAGAAUUUUGCAAAUGGCUUGUUGAAAAUGGAGAUAAACAGGAGGCUUACAAACUGCUAAAGGCUUCACUGAAGUCCCAGAUCAUCAGCUAUGGUGACUGUAGCAAAAAGGUGGCUGAAACUUUUUAUAACUUGGGCAGGAUCUGCUUUGCCAAAGGAGAGCUCAGAAAGGCAAUUCAACUGCUAAGGAAGUGUCUGAUGAUUCAAAUUCUUGUAUAUGGAAGUGAGCAUAGUAAAAGCAAAGAGACAAAAGGCCUCCUUACCAAACUGCAGAGGUAA